GUUGGUAGUGUGACCUACUGAAGUGCCAAAAAGCUGAACGCAAAGAAGAAACUACGACGUCACGUAAAUAUGGCUUCUUUAAGCAACCCAUGGAGCAUGAAAUGAGAUAGUAGAUGUUCAAAUGUAGUAUUGUGUAUAAGGUUUAGCAUAGAUUCUAAGCGCUCUCGUUGCCGAUAUGGACAACACAUACCAGCAGCAGGUUUUGUCAGAAAAGCAGCCGCAGCCGUCUUCCUAUACUGGCGUCUGUUUGGGGACAUCGUACACCUCUAACAGACCCCUACCGAGCGGCGCAACUCCUGAACCAGCACAGUGGACUCCAUCACCGACACACCCGGACCACACUGGUCCUCGAUGGGCCCCUUCACCGGGAUAUUACGGUCAACAAAUUUACGGCUUCAAUUUCGCCGCACAAUCUCCCGGCGGAGGACCUUUUGGAGGGGCCCCCUUGGCCCCUCCGUAUGGGUUUGACCCAUCCGUUCCUCCGCCUCCCUUCGGCUGUCCCCCACCGGGACAGUUUCCGAGCUUGGCCCCUGCUCCUCCAGUAAUCACAUACAGCAACACAGAAACAUUUCCCUCGCAGUUUAGAGCUGGUCCUCCGCCCUCUCAUUAUGACUUCCAGCCGGCACCAAACUCCCUUCAGACCCAGCACCAGGAAUAUGAGGAUUUUCGUGAGGAUGGAGCUUCGCUCGGCGGCCCGCUCCUUCCACUACCUCCACGUCCGGGUCUGGAUUAUGACCGGAGAACAGCAGCAGCAACACAGCCUGAGGAUGAAGCAGCUCUCCAGAGGAGGCAGGAUAUACAAUGGCUCAGGCAGUUCUUACAGAACAGGGUUAAAAAGUCGGAGAUCCAACAGACCAAGCAGAAGCAGCAGCAGUCACAUCCCAUCUCUGUUCCUGCCCUAAGAGAGGCUCUAUACGGGGCAGCUGAGCUCAUCUCAGCCCUGGAAGAGUCCUGUGAAACCCUGAAGCACAACGUGAAGAAUGACUGUGUGUGGACGGACUCAUAUCUAACUGCUCUAAACAUAAAGAGACAGCUACAGGACAAACUAAAACUCUUCAGUGACAGUGAGUGUUUAAACACAUUCAAAGCUAAACUGAACCGUGUUUCCAAGAGGAGGGUCCGGAAACUGAGAGCCAGCAAAGCCCUGCAGGUGGAGGAACAACGCAGGCAGGAACUCAUCUGUGAGAAAGAAGCUUCUAUAGACAAAUGGAGGAUGAAGCAGAUACAUGAAGUAGAGGAGAAGAAGAAGGAACAGGAGCUGAAGCUGGCUGCAGACGCUGUUCUCUGUGAGGUGAGGAAGAAACAGGCAGACAUCAAGAGGAUGCAGGACAUCCUGCGAUCUCUGGAGAAACUGCGCAGACUGAGAAAAGAGGCAGCAUCUAGGAAAGGGAUGUUGUUCAGCAGUCGACUGGAGCAGCUGAGGAGCGUGAUGAAGAGGAGGACGGUGGUUUACUCAGCAGAGGAGAAAGCUCUGAUGGUGAUGCUGGAGGGUGAGCAGGAGGAGGAGAGGAGGAGAGAGCAGGAGAGAAGGGUGAAGAAGGAGAGAGAGAGACAUCUGCAGAGGAAACGCAGAAUGGACUCUAUGCUGUUUGGAGAUGAGCUUCCUGCUGGUCCUGUCUUGCAGCCCUUCAGAGAAUAUUACACCCAAGCUGAACACUCACUGGAUGCAUUAAUACAAAUCAGGAGGGAUUGGGAUGUCUUUGUGGUUGCACCAGAUCAUCCUGAUGGUUCACCGGUUCCUCAGGGCUGGGUCCUGCCUGUGCCCCCGUCAGACCAGGACUGGGCCGCUGCUCUGCAGCCUGUUGACACUGACACAGACUGACUCCCUGCUGGUUUACUGAGGAACUGUCAGAAUAUAAUUAAUGAUGACGAUGAUGUGCCAACUGCAGAGGUUAUAGGACAGAUCAGUCUGACUGUCGGCAGUCGAGGAAAGACCCUGAGUCAAUGUUAAGAAACUCAGUAUUUGCAACCAUCAUCUUCCUUUGGCUGUUUGAUUUUCCAGUUUGGUCCCGUUUCCCCAGAGGUCUACAGCACAGUGAGGAGGGCAACAAUGUCUAAUGAUGGAUGUGAACUACAUGAUAAAAUUCAACAAAACCACUGUAUUGAUAACUUAAAUCCAACAAAAAUGGCAUGGCGCAAAAAUACCACACUGUACCAGUAAUAUGUUUUUUUAUUUAAUGUCUUUAAUUUGGGAAAAGUUGUAUUUGUUCAUGAUAUUUUUCAUCUAUUUUUUACCUGAUUAAUAAAAUGUAUUUUUUGGUUAGAAUUUUUAUUUUGAUGUUAUAAUUUUAAUAAUUGAAGAACAUAUAUAAUAAAGUAAGAAUAAUCAGGGACAAUCACUUUGACAUGCAAUGGCAGAACAAUGCUACGCCGGGCCUGGUGCACACCAUGCCGGGACCCUCAUCACUCAUCUAUAAUUCCUCUCCUUUAAAAGGGCAACCAGUUACUUGUGCAAACAAUAGCCUACCAACCAUCUUCCUACAUAGAACCUCAAUAUUAUCAAUUAGAAAAUGGCACAUACAAAAGCAAAAAUGAACAUUGAUUGAAAAGACUAUGGUCACUGGCAGAUGCAAUAUGGACAUAAAUCAAUAAACAGGAGGCUACUGGAGGCAACACAAGAGCACCCUUUGCUGAAGUUUUUUUGUGAACUAACAAGCC